AUGGAGGAUCUAGAUGAUAUGAUUAUGAAAACAUUAAGCCAGAUUGGAUGGUAAAUUUAAAGGUUCCGCUAUACUUCUGAUUUUAGUUCUUUUUGUAAAGAUGUGGACAGUUUAGCCCUUCUCGGAAUAGAUGACAUAUUCGAAGCGAUUGUAAGGUUGCUGUGUUUGUGUGAUCCAAGAGCUAAAGAAAUACCAAGCUUGAAGCUUCCUUCUCAAAUGACUAUACGGUAUCGAGAAGCUACCCGUGUUGCAGAUGCUGUAAAGGUAGGUAACAAUAUAUUUUACACUUAUUAAAAUCUUUUAGAGUUUGGGAAUCAGAGAAAAGAUAGGGUAUCAUACAAUUCUUUACCCCAACCUUUAUGACAUUCGGAAUAUUAUGAUAUUUUUGAUUGAAAAACUUCCCAAAGAUUCUAUUAUUGAAGAAGUGAAAUUGUGUAAGUCAUAGGUUGCAUAAAUUAUUUGAUUUAUUUGUUUUACAUGGGUUGCCACUUUUAGUACCGAUUGAUGACUUGAGGAAGACCAUUGGUUCUCAAAUACGACAAGAUUUGAAUAAAGAAUGGACACCCGGAUAUUGCGAGUGUCUUCGGAUGAAAAAAGAAAGGUUAUUUUGGCUCGAUAAUGAGGUAAGAAUUUAUCUCUCAGCUGUAUUGGUCUUUAGAAUGAUCCAAUUAAAAUUCCUGUAUUAAAAAGUGGGUUUAAACGAUCAAAAUUGUUGGACCAUUUGGGAAUCUUGCCUGAUAGCCCAAUUUGUGAGGCUACUUCGUUUCAACCGCAAAAUAUUUACAAAGCACCACAACCGAAACCAAGGCAGAUAGUACAGAGGUAAUUCACUCAAAAACUUACCGAAUGUUAUAGAUUCAGCUCGGAGAUUGAAACAAUUCAGGUGCUGGAUGUUGAAAAGAACGAAUCUUUAGAGAGACUUAUUAGGAUUCGUGAAGCAUUGAAAUUACACGGAGAUAGGCAUCGUAAUCUCAUUAGACAUCAGUACAUCUUACGCGAGGAAUAUGUAGCAAAAGCUGAAAAGUGGGACAUGAAAGCUGAAAAAAUGAUGAAAAUACUGUCCAAUCCAGACUCACAAAUUGAAUGCUUGCAUGUGAGCUCUUGCGUUUUGCCAAUAUCCUAAGUUUAGAAGUUUAUUGCUGAACGGGAAGAAAGACGUACUGGAUUGGAAGAUAACUUCGCUAAUUGGAAACGUAAAAAUUCCGAAAUUCUAGGAAAACUGAAAUCAGAAAAAGGAUCAGAAGCAGAGCUUGAAACCCAUGAGUUAAUUGAAACCAAUGGAAGGUUAAAAAAGUGUAUCUCAGAGCAGAAGAAAGCUUUGGGAAAGAUGGUAUGUAGAAAAUAUUUGUAGUGCAUAUUUUUUCAAUAAUUUCUUUCAGAAAAAACAGUUAUCAAAGGAAAGCAGCGGAGAAAUUUGGGACAGAAACAAGUUUUUGUCGCGAAUUGUAUACCUUGCAAAUAAUGUUAACGGACAGAAAGCCGAGAUUUCAACCGUAAGCUCAUAAACAACGUAAAAAACUGCCUACAUUUAGAGCCUUCAAGACUGCAAGCGAUUAGAAAAAGAGAAAAGAAAUUUGUUCGGAAGUCUGGAAAGAACAUUUACAGUUGUUAAUAACUGGUUGUACCAGUCUGCAGAGGCGGAUUUACGACUUAAGAACGCAUACGAUUUAGUAAUGAAAUUGCAUAUUCAAUGUUCAUCGGUAGUGAAAAACAUGGAUGAGAUAUACCAGAUGUGCAGGCAGAAAGAUACGUUUGAUGAUGAGAUUGAAGUCCUAAAGCAACAAAACGCUGAAUCUAACUUGGAUCAGAUACUCAAGGAUUUGAUAUUGAUUCAAAGAGAAAACAUCGAAUUGGAGGAAGAAUUAAAAUGA